GUCAUAACUCUCAUUUGGAUUGUGAAAAUACAGUCUCAUAAGUCGUGUCCUCAACGCCGUUUUAUCAUGGCGACACAAAGCGAUUCUCAUUUAGAGGACCAGCAAGAGGAGAUUGAAGCGUUACGCUCCAUUUAUAAUGACGAAUUUCAUCUCUUAUCAUGUACUGGUACUAGUUGCUGUAGCAACAAGAUCCAGAUUACUCCGGAUGGUACUGGUAUUGUCCUAACAUUCAGUUUAUCAGAUUCAUACCCUGCGAUGACUCCACGUAUCGACAUCGAGCUGCAAGAUGGGUGUGGUAUUACUGCCGAAAUGGUGGGAGAACUGUUUGCAAAGCUGUAUGAAAUGGGUAAACAUUAUAUCGGGGAUGCCAUGAUUUACAAUUUGGUGGAGUUCACCAAACACUGGGUGCAGGUCAAGAAGAAGACAACAGAUGCUGUUGCUCUAGCAACCACUGAUGUCGUGGAGGAACAAGAUAAAGAUGUCACUGUGUGUCAGUUUCAUCUGCAAGGCAAAUGUAGAUUUGGUGAAAAAUGUAAAAAUCCACAUGUAGGUGAGGAAAUUACUGUAUGUAAAAAGUUGAAGGAGCUUGACAUGAACGACAGUGAGAAAGUGACAAAGAAAGACAAAUCGAUUCCAAAUGAGGAGGAAAUUGUCGCCAAGAAACCACCGAUGAAAACAGCUAGUGAUGUCAUAUCCAGAAUUCAGUGGGACUCCAGUCUUUCUAAGAAACGGUUCACUGUCGGUUAUUUGGAUCGAUUUUUAGGUAUUAUAGAGAAGCCUUUUACUGUUUUCACCUGGACGUCUGAGCUGGCUUCGGUGGAUGAUCAUUUUGAAUUGGCCAUUCCUCAGCAUCGGAUUCAGUACUUCAAAUAUCGGGAUACAAUUGUUUGGGAUAAAAACUGUAGACUUGACAAUGUCUUUGGUUCAACUGGUAGUGGCACCACUAUUUUAGAAGUUAUUGACAAGUAUCGUCAGUUACAUCCUGAUGACAAAGAUGACGAUGAAACUGAUUCCGCCUGUGAAGAGCCUUAUGAAGAUUACGAUUUCGGGGUGGUGGAACCUGUUGGAGUUGAAACUCCUAUGGAAGCUGCUGCGAAAACAGACCGACCUAGACAUAUUGGACCAAAUUACUUUAUUGCUGUGCGUAUUACAAACCCAGCUAUUGGUGAAGCUGUGAAGACAUUGCAAGAUAAGAUUGUGGAGUCUGUGCCAGAUUUAAGAAACUGUUGUUCUACCAUUGACAAACUUCACAUCACGGUUGCAACUCUGCGAAUAGACACUGGAAAAGAGAUGCAGAUUGCGUUUGAAGUACUGCAGAAACUCAAAUAUGAUCUGUCACAUUUACUGAAAUCGCCGAUUAUGCUACACUUCCAGGGACUGCAGAAUUUCCAUGGUCAAGUCCUCUACGCUGCCACCAACCCGGAUCCGAUCUUUGAUAAUUUCCAUAAACAACUUACGUCCUGCUUUGAAAAUGCUGGGUUGAAAAUAGUUGGGGAAUUCAGUGAAUUUGUCCCACAUAUGACCAUUGCACAGAUGUCUCGCUUUGUAGGUGGAAAAUUACAUGCCCCCACUAUGAUUAGCAGUCUGUGUGAUAAAUACUCAGAGUAUUAUUUUGGUGCUCAAGGUGUGGAGUUUUUACAUUUAUGUUCCAUUGGCCAAGGAUUGACGCAUGAUGGUUUUUACCCAACUGCGGACAUUGUAGAUUUGUAUGAAGAUUUCUAA